AUGCGUUGUUCUGCACACAUUUUGAAUCUAAUUGUCCAAGAAGGGUUGAAAGUAUGUGGUGAUGCCUUGAUGAAGAUUAGAGAAAGUGUCAAAUAUGUUAGGGGUUCAGAAAGUAGAGAAUUAAAAUUUAAGGAAUGCAUUGACCAAAUUGGAGAUGUUGACACAUUAAUUGGCUUGUGUUUAGAUGUUCCUACAAGAUGGAACUCAUAUUUGAUGCUUCAAAGUGCUCUUGGUUACCAACAGGUGUUUGCAAGUCUUCAAUUGAAUGAUAAGAAUUAUAAAUAUUGUCCAUCUGCAGAAGAAUGGAAAAGAGGAGAAAAAUUUUGCAUUUUCUUGAAGCCAUUUUAUGAUAUCACCAACUUGAUUUCUGGCACAUCCUAUCCUACUUCCAACUUGUAUUUUGAGCAAGUUUGGAAAAUUCAAUGCAUUCUAAUUCAUCAUUUGAAUGAUGAUGAUGAUGUUUUAAGGACUAUGGCUAAAAAUAUGUUGCUGAAGUUUGACAAAUAUUGGGAUGAAUAUAGCAUGCAACUUGCUUUUGGUUUCAUUCUUGACCCUCGAGUGAAGUUAGAAUCAUUAAGAUAUUGUUCCUCAACAAUUGAAGCAUCUACAGCUGAUCAAAAGAAUGAUCAAAGUGAUAUUACAUCUCAAUCUUCAAGUGUGUCAAAGUCAAGGGACAACAAAGGAUGGGAACUGCCAAUGUUUAAUAAUUUGAAAUUGAUCAAUCAUCACCUUGCAAAUAAAGCUGGAAGGUCUCAUCUUGACAUUUAUUUAAAAGAGCCAGCAUUGUGUUUUGAGUAUCAUGAAAAUUUGGAUGUAUUACAAUGGUGGAAGGAAAAUUGUAAACGUUUUCCAGAUUUAUCAUUAAUGGCUCGUGACUUGUUAAGCAUUCCUAUAACCACUGUGGCAUAUGAAUCUGCAUUUAGUAUUGGGGCACGUGUCCUUAACAAAUAUAGAAGUAGUUUAUUGCCCAAAUGUGUUGAAGCUUUGAUUUGCACCCGCAAUUGGUUGAAUGAUUUUGUUCCUAAUGAUGUUGAUGAUGAAGAUGAUAAUGCAAGUGUGGCAUCUAAUGCUGAUGAUUAA